AACUCCAUUAUUUUUUUUUGCAUGGAAUCUGCAAGAAAAAAAUUGUAACUGUGAAAUAGGGAUUAAAAGGUGCAUCAGAUACGCUAACUUUUUGCUGAACAUACACCGGCUUGAUCGAACAGUGUCUGGAGAUAAGAACUGAAUAAUUUGGCGACACGAUCGGACAUCCUUGGGUCUUGGGACACUCCAGAAUCAAACAUACUGUUGCACUAGUGUGAGCUGCAGCGUUUUGGAGGGACUGACUUCUGAAGUAGGGUCAGAAGACUUAGUUCUUGGAGAGUUCUGCAAGGCGUUGGAGGGUGCUUGGCAGAGUCUGUGUGCUUCUCCGCUGACACCAUGGCCUUCAAACGGUGGAUACCAUAGCCAAUACUAUCUUUGGCUUUUCAAAGAUGACAAGGUGCUGCAAGGCGGUUUUUACAAAAUGAUGGGAGGCAGUGAGAGUGGCAGUGGAGAGACGGAUGGAGUCCAAACUGUGGCAAUACAAAUCCCCAUUGGCUGGCAGAGGAGAGUGGAGGACGGGCUUGUGGUGUAUGUCAGUCCAAGUGGCACAGUCCUGUCUUCACUGGAGGAGGUUAAGUCAUAUCUGUUGAACGAUGGCACAUGCAAGUGUGGCCUGGAGUGUCCGCUGGUCAUCCACAAGGUGUUUAACUUUAGCCUAGGGGUCAAAGUUCAGCAGCACAGCCAGCCGGUGGGGAAGGCAGAGCAGGACAUGACAAAGCUCUGUAACCAUCGAAGGAAAGUGGUUGCCAUGGCAGCUCUCUGUCGCAGUAUGCAGGCUUCACAGCUGCCCUAUGUUUCCCGUCACACAGAGGUCACCAGUGGCGUUAUGGAGAACAGAGAUCCAAAGAGGAUGAGAGUGGACAGGGAAGAAGAAGAACGUGGCACUUAUCCAUCUAAACACCAUCUUGUCCAGUCCAGGCCCAACAAUAACCUCCACCACAACCCUUGUGGCAGUCCUCAAAAUUCCACCCAACUUGUGUUUUCUUACAAUGGUUCCUCACCCCUCUCACACGCUAACGCUAACUCUCAUCGCUCUCCUGAGAUUCUGAGGAGACUGCCCCCUCCUCUCCAUUUCCCUCCCACCACCUCUCAACUCUCCAGCCACGGGGCACCUCAGAGGUCCCCAUGCACCCCCGCGCCUCAGAACCUCAGUCAUGGUCAGAGGACACCCCAGACUCCGGAAGCCCCCAGAUCUCCUCAUUUGGGGCCCCUCUCUCCCCCUCCUCCCUCCUCCCCUGGGACACUGGGAAGGGGAGGGCAGAGUCAUCCACAUGGUAACAUCGUUGGGUCUCUCCUGUCCCCCUCAUGUUCCCCCUCUCCCUCUGUGAGUAUGAACUGCCCCUCUCCCCGCCAGCGCUCACGCCACCCCUCCGCCUCUUCCUCUCUCUCUGAACAGGGGGUGGGAGGGGUGGUGCUGGGCGGCUACCCCCCCAGAAGGAUAUCCUCUUCUUCCCCACACUCUCCUCUACCCGGGGGGUCCCCUAACCUCCAUUUCCCCAAAUACAAGCUCGAGGACAUCUUAGAGCAGUUUAGGAACUCAGGCAACAGUAGCACUAAUAACCACAUCCUUUACCCAAACUCAAUGAGCAACCAAAGCAAUCCUCAGAUCCUCUCUCUAGCUCUUGAAAAGGGUGAGAAGCCUACAAAGGCACCUGCUUCCGCCACCGGCUCAGGCAUGGGGAUCAGUGCUGGUCCUUCUGGGUUGCCUCUUGGACAGUUCUUGAACCACCAGAAGCAACCACACCCAGCUUCGUUUCCUGCCAGUAGCCUCCUCUCGGCAGCAGCCAAGGCCCAGCUGGCUAGCCAGAUGUCCUACAACCACAGCUCCAAUUCGGCCAGCGUCCUCAGCUCGGCCCUCUCUCUGGAGGUCUCGAAAGAGUCUCAGCAGUCGAAGGUAACAAACAGCACUUUACACAACAGCCAUCCCUCCAUUGCUAGGCCCCUCCCUGCAGCCUCCCUCCUGCUUCCCCACCCCUGCGCCCCCCUCUCCCAGCCCCUAGCCUCGAGUCCCCUGCACCUCUCCCCUACAGACCGGAUGUCCCACAGGAAGCGGCAGCGGCGUUCGCCCACGGUGCUCAGCAUGCUGAAGGACUCCCAGAUGAGUGGUCUCAGAACCCCCGGUGAUGUGCUCAACCUCUCCGCCUUGCACUCUCAACCCUCCUCUACCUCAGCCUCGCCCCACUCUGCCAUGUCGGAGAACCACCUCCAGGCCCUAAGGGUCUCAGUCCGGCACUCCAGCCCGCUCACAGGACCCCAGAAGCAGCCUGACGGUGCCAUGGACUUCACUACAAUCAUGGCAGGUCAACCGGAUCCCCCGACCCAGCCUCUCUCUGCUCUGCUUCACCUGCUCAGUGUGCAGAACGCUCAAGCCGCUGGAGCCCAGCCCAGCUCUGGACAUGGUACAGGAGGCAUGAGACAGAGCCCCAGGCAGUCUCCCUCUCCCUCCCAUUUAAACAUCAGACCAUUCCCCAUGCAGUCCCCCUCUCAUCCCAGUACCAUGCAAGGCCCGUCACAGCCCCUCUCUCCCUCUCAGUCAUUGUCCAGGCGUGGUAGUGCUAGUGCACAGUCUCCCUCUCAACCACAUACGAAGGCCAGUCCCAAACAGAGACGGUCUCCCUCCACGGCCCUGUCCAACGCUCAGUCAGCACACCAUCGCAGUAGCCCCUCGCCCACCCCACACACCCCUGAUAGGCUACGGCAGGCCCAAAACCAACCUAUGGAUGCCACCACCACCACCAUCCAGUCUCCCAUGUGCCAGGCCUUGCCUGAAGUCAGUGCAUCAGUGGAGAUGGGGAGCAUGUCAACACUAGGCCCUGGUCUCAGCCUGGGUCAUCCUCCCAACAGCACCCCCACCUCCAACCAUAGCACCACGGUCACCAGCUGCAGCACCACCUCCCCCAGACCCCUGGAUCUUAGUAACCACGUGCUGGCCCUGCUGGCAGCCUCCUCCACCAUGCCUCUGGAGGAAGGGGGCCUGGACACAACCACCGGCAACAACACUGCAGGGGUGCAAGAGCCUCAGAGUGUUCAUCAUGGCUCCACAGUGACCAAACCCCCAGGAGGUUGCAGCCCCGGCCCCAGCCCCUGCAGCACCCCUUCCCUGGGGGACUCCUCUGGCUCCUUACCCCUGGCCGAAGCCUUCCCCUUCAUGAACCAGGAGCAGCUCCUCCAGCUUCUGUCUGCCACAGCUGGCCUGCCCUCCCUCCUGGACCCUACCAUCCUGGACUCUCUGCCCCUGGGCCUGUGGCUGGGCGGUCAGCAGGGUCACCUCCCCACCUCCAACACCCCACAGCAACACCAUCAACUGCCUGAUCAACAACAACAAUCGGAACAUCAACAACUACUGCUACAGCAUGAACAACACCAAGAGCAACAACAGAAACAACAACAGACUGCCCAUCUGAACCACAACUUUCCGUUUAGCUUACUCCCCUCAAUAAUGGGAGGUCAGGGAGAGCUGCCUCUGAAUCUCCUGGGUCUGUUGAACCCACUGCUACCCCCCUCUACCACCCUUACCCCAGGCCAGGAGGGUGAUCUGGGGAUAGGGGAGAAGCUGGGCCUCCAGGCUCUCCUUAUGGCCUCCCUGCUACUAGGCCAACAGCAGGCUGCCAUGUUGCCCCUGUCUGGGCUGGGCCAGCUGAGCCUGGACCUCCCCCUGCAGCAGCAGCACAUCCCAGCCCUGUUGGAGGGUUUGUCUCUGGAUAAAGGCUCUGGACUCCUGGACCUGUCGUCCCUGCCCGGCCCUGGGCUUCUUGAGGCCCUCCAGGGCAUGCUGCCCCCAGCCGAGGGGCCCCUCCAGGCCCUGCAGUCGCUCCUGCUCCCCACUCCCCUGCCUCCCCCAGGCUUCCUCUCCCUCAGCCCCGCUCUGCUAACCGCUGCCCUGGGCUCUACUGACCUCCCGCCCACCCCUCAGCUCCCCCCACCCCAACAACCCCCACCUCAGGUCUCAGCUUCAGGCCCUGAUGGGGGGGUGGACACCCUCAUCCCCCUGUCUGUCCAGGGAAAGGACAACCCUAUCCUCCACCAGUUACUGCCCACUCUCCUCAACCCAGGGCUACUAGGAGACCUGUCUGCUCUGACCAGCCUCCACAGUCUGCUGGGGCUAGGUGCAGGCCCUCUCCUCCUGCCCCCCGUACAGACCUCUGCCCUGGGCAUGCCUCUACUCCAGGGCCCUGAUGUGGCCAUCAACCUCCUCAACAACAUCCAGCUCAACAUGGCACCGCCCUCAGAGGGAGAAAAGCCAAUCUCCUUACAGGAAAAAGACAGCUCCGCCCCUCAGGAGGAUAUUCCAGCCAAUCGGCUUGCCCCAGAGGCUGCGCCCAGCCCCUGUCCCGUCCGUGCCCCCGUAUCCCAGCGUGGUGAGGGCUCCGUGGGGAGCGUCCUGGACCCGUAUGCCUCCUUCAUGGACACCAUCUACACCUCUUUCCUCCAGGUCAGUGCUAACGAGCAGGAAGCAGCUAAGUCUGGGGCGGAUGCCCUCUGUGCCUUACCCCCCUCCUACCCUGGGGAGCCCCCUGCCCCCUCCGCCCCCCUCCCUCAGGCCAGCGCCCCCCUGUCCCUGAGCCCUCGCCAGGCCUGCUCCCUAAGGAACCCAGAACUGUCCCGGCUCAACAUGGAGGCGGCCCACUCCCCAGCUCAGGGCACCCCCAAACCCAGUGACGACGGCUCGGCCACGCCCCUGCAGAACAAGCCAGGGGUCCCAGAGGGUCACACUAACCCCCCUCUGCCUCCCAUCUACCUUGAAGAAGCCAAGACCGAGUCGUACAGCCAGGCUGUGUCAGAUAGGCAGGGGGACAGACCCCAGGCAGGGGGGUACCUGAGCCCCAGAGACGGGGGCAGCUGCCCCAAGGAGGAGACUGUGGGUCUGCAGCACACGGAGCAGGGCAGGAACCAAACUACACAAACGGUGGGAGCCAGGAGGGGCAGGAAGAGGAAACAAACGCUACAGAAUGUGCUGGAGGAUUUCAGAGAUCUGGAUGCUCCAGCCCUAGAGGAACCUAAACCCACGGUGGUGCUGCUGAAGCCUGAGAGGUCAGUCCGGGGCAGGAGGCGGCGGGGGGCCAGGUCCCAGAGACAGUGACUGGAGUAGGGUCACUAAUCCCCCCCACCACCAACCCCACCCCCUAUCACUUGCUUUAUAUUCUCCAGGCUCCCUCACUCUGUUUUUCAACUGCACUAAUAUAUCGUCAUGCCAACCUCUUACCUUUUGAACAGGAGUGAUCUAGAUUAAAAAAUGUUAAAUAGUUCUGUGGAUGCUUUCACUUAGGUCCUCUCCUAUCUUAAGUCUGUGUGGUUGCUUGGCGUUGUUAUUGAUUGAGAUCCGUUAUGAUGUAAGUGUUAGAAUUGUCUACAAAAAACUGUACUGUUUCUCAGUGUGUUUACUGUGAGUCAGGAUAAGAGUAUCUACUUGAAUGACCUACGUUUGCUCUCUGUUUGAGAUUGUAUGAUAACUGUGUGCGUGUGGUUUGUGUAUGUUCAGGAGUGUGUUCGAGACACUCGAGCUAGACGUUGCCCCUGAGCACAGAUCUAGGAUCAGAUUACCUAACCCUAAAUCCUUAUGAGGAUACAAAAUAUAUCUGAUUCUGGACCUGAGUUGUGGGGCAACUUAUACCAACUCCUAGAGAUGCCUGCUGUUGCUGAGCCCUCUCACUGUGCCAGUGUGGUAGUCACACAGUAUAUGUACCCAGAGAGAGACCAUGUAUCUGUGCCAGCCAGUCUCUGGCCUCUCUGUAGACAGACACACUACUACCCAACACAUAGCCUAGGUGUGGAAACAAUGCAAUGGAGAAAGUAAUAAUUCCCAAUCAGGGGGUGUAUCACAAAGCAGGAUCAAUGAGUUAGCCAGUGAACUCACCUGCCUAAAUAGUCUGAAGUCUUAUUUCCAAGUUCAUAAAGAUAAUGUAAAAUGGGCAUGACUUGACACUCCCAACAACCCACAUUCAAGAUAAGCUUUCUUAAUUAACCAGCUCUGUCUUGUUUGUAAUACACUCCUCUGCAUGUUCUCUGUGUGAUGUUUAGCAAACAAUGCACAUUUCAAUUAGGUCCUUUCACAGGGGAAUGGCUGAAGAAAUAGUGUGUUGAGAUAUACAUCGAAAUGAUUGGCACCCUUGAUAAAGGUGAACAAAAAAGACUGUGACAUUUUUUUAUAAAACAAAUACUGAGCUAUUGUAUGCUCAAAUGUUUUAAAAUUCAAUUAUUUUAUACAAUUGGAAACAAAAAAGAGGUUGUGUUUAACAAGUAAUGUUUUUUUCUUAAAGAUAGGGGUCAAACUUAUUGGCACCUCUUUUUUCAAUACCUUUAAUAACUCACCUUGCGAGGAUAACGGCACUGAGCCUUUAAAAAACUAUGUUUUAUCAUGUUGGAGAACACAUUGGUUUAGACUAUUCCGCCAUACAGAAUCUUUGUGCUUUUCAAUUCAAACAACAGAUUUUCAACUGGAUUCAAGGCCGUAGACUGAGAUGGCCAUUACAAUAUGUUGCGACUUUUUUGGGGUCAAUUAACCAUUUCUUUGUGGAUUUUGAUGUGUUCUUGGGGUUAUUGUAUUGCUGGAAGAUCAAGUUGCGGCCAGAAAAUAACCCUAUACCUACUGUAAAAUAUGGUGGUGGAUCUUUGAUGUUAUGGGGCUAUUUUGGUCCUAGGGCCCUUGUUAAGGU